AUGGCCUCAGCCAGCCCAGUUUUCAUCCGCCUCUGGCGGGUCGAAGGCGUGCGCUCGACUCUCCUCUCUCACCUGGACACCGAGUCCAUCUGUGCCUUGCGCCUCACAUCAUCAGAGUGCCGUGAGCUCACGAUUCCAAGUCUUUUCACCCGAACCUGCUUGACCUUCACACCAAGCGCUCUCACACGAACUUCUCGACUCGAGGCACUGUCUCGGAUAGGACACCACAUCGAGCACCUCACCUUCUCCAUGCCCCAUAAUCCGGCAACGUUCCUACCUCCCUUGUUGAACCCAUCGACUGGUCGAGAGGUCAACUUCCUAUACACCCCUCACACAUCGUGUGCAUCGGUCACCCAGCGACCAAAAUAUGGAUCGCCGGAAUUGGGUGAUCUCCUCACACAACAAUACCCUCCCAUAUUUCAUGCUGCAACCAACGUUCCAGCAUUUAUCAAAGCCUUUUCCCGAAUGCCCAACCUUCGCCAUCUCACGAUCUCCUGCCCUGGUCAAGAUCCAGCCCAGAGAUACCGUCGAGAUGCGGUCGAUUAUGCGCUCAUAAGCUUGCGCAUAGCUAUCGAACGAGCACCGCUUCUCAAGCUUGAGAAGCUCUCACUCAGUCACAUCCAUCCAUCUGGGCUUCACUACCUUCGUCACCUGCCUGGCUUUGGGACUACGCCCUCUGCUGGUCGACGAUGGAAACAAAUCAAGAAGCUCCACAUUACCAUGGACUCCUGGGACUUCCUUGGCCUCCGCCCGGGACGGGACCAUCUCAAGAUCCUCGAUGAUUAUAUCCGCAGCUUCUCAUCAAAUCUGGAAAAAGUGAGUUUCGGAUGGUACGGGAGGAAAGGACCAUGCCCCUUUACGUUGUUUAGCGACCCCCUCUUUGCGCCACCCAGGAGGACGGCUAAACUAUUCGCCGAGGUGACUUCGCCGAUGUCACCCUUGCCAGAUGCACCUCCUCGGCCGGCAAUGAGGUUCCCCAAACUCCGAUACAUGCAGGUCCGUAACUCGACCAUGUCCGUAGAGCAAGUCUCUGAUUUCAUCUUGGGUCAUCGCCACACCGUUCGCGAGUUCGACUUCGAGAACGUAGGCUUGAUCAAUGGGGGAACUUGGGAGGAUGCAUUGGCACCUCUCACAAGAUUCAGUGGCAGCGAUGAGUGGUUGUCUUCGCAGAGUGGCUCGGAGGCAGAGAGUAGUACGGGUUUCCAAGGCCACUCUGACCUGGACUUUCUUGAUGAUAUCGCAGAAGAGUUUGAGGAGGUUGUUGACACAAGCGCUACAAUGCCUGACGAUGCAGAUAUCCCAAGAACAUCAGUUCAGGUCAAGAAGAGGGUUCGCAAGCGAAGGCGUAAGCAUAAAAGAACGAAAGGAGGGCUCAAGAUUUCCAGUCCCAUACCCAUCUCCGGUCCGAUCGAGGAAGUCUUACAGCCUACUACUUUCAAUCCAAAUGUGCAAGGCGUUCAGCGAAACGUUCGGAUGGACGCCGCCCAGCAAGCGCUCGCUGAUGAUCCUGAGAAGAGGGUGUCCGCUUUGAAGAAGGCCAAGGAGACUAUUUUGAAACGCCUCGGCAAAGAGUUUUACAAAAACCAGGACAAGAAAGAUAGUGUAAGAGGAUUCUUCAACAACACUUGUGCUUCUGGUUGGAAGAGUAGGGCCAUGAUGGUGCACGAAAGUAGUUCAGCGCUCGUUCCGUUGAUGUUUAGUCGCUGCUAG